AUGACUAACCUGGGCAUUAGUUUUUCUGCUACAUUGCUCGUGAUACUCCUUUGGCGAGCGGAAGAUUUUGCAGAGGCUUGCAGCUGCUCCCCUGCACAUCCUCAACAGGCAUAUUGCAAUGCGGAUGUUGUUAUCAGAGCUAGGGUGACUGGAGUGAAAGAGGUGAAUUCAGGUAAUGACGUCUACGGCAAUCCAAUCAAGAGGAUGCGGUAUGACAUCAAACAGAUCAAGAUGUUCAAAGGCCCGAAUCAGGACAUCGAUGCCAUCUUCACUGCACCUUCCUCUGCUUUGUGUGGAGUGAGGCUUGCCACCAAUAACACGGAAUACUUGAUUACUGGUAAACUGGAAUCUGACGGAUCCAUGCAUGUCACUUUGUGUGACUUCAUUGAAUCCUGGGAUUCCAUGAGUCUAACACAGAAAAAAGGUUUGACUGAGCGCUAUGAGAUGGGUUGUGAGUGCAAGAUCAUCCGUUGUUCCUCCAUCCCCUGUUCUAUCAACAACCCAAAUGAGUGUCUAUGGACAGACUGGAUAUUGGAUUCAAGUGUCAAGGGACACCAGGCUCAGCACUACACCUGUAUCAAGAGGAACGAUAAUUCCUGUUCCUGGUACCGUGGGAUAGCUCCACCAAGCAAAGAAUUCUUGGACAUUGAAGACCCAUAA